UAAUAAAAUAAUGAAUAAUCACUAUUGAAUUAAACGAAAGAUGCUGUAAAAUCAAUCGCAAAACUUUUUAAACCACGAAUAAACGUAUUUACUUAUCCAAUUUACAAUUCAAUUGAUUAGGAUUAAUUCCUCGUAUAAAAUUACCUAAAUUAUCAAUUACAAUAAUUCUUAAUACUCACAAUCCUUUUCAAAUUAAACUUCACUCCAAUUUCUACUCUUUCUUCUUCCAUUAAUCUUCAUCAAUCGCAGAUGACCUACUCGAACAAAACGAUUCCAUCCCACUGUCAUCCUUCAAAAUCUGAAGGGAAACGAAAUCGAAACACCUUAUCGACUGCGCUCAUAAAUUUCCCGAUCGAACACUUUCUAUACACCCCCUAUAAUUCGUAAUAAACGUUCCACCGUUAAUAAUACAAUAGAAAGGGUGACAAUCAUUCCCGCUUGACUGCUUGUAAUAUUCCCGUCGAGAAAGGAUGAAGGGAGAUGAGAAGAGAUGGCCAGACCAACGCCUAUUAAUUAUUAUCGCGAUAUAUAUACACGGUGGAAUGUUGUGAGACGAUUUGACCAGUCACCAUGCAAACGGAUAACCAGUUGGACAUAUCGAUAAGCUUGUCCACGUUUUUCUUGAAGAACGUCGGCGUGUGGAUGCCCGAUAAUUCAGACGAGCAACGCAGGAUGAAGAUGUUAUUCCUGUACACUAUUUGGAUGUUGUUUUGCGGCACGAUAAUCAGCACGAGAGAUUUGUAUUUCACGUUGCUGUACAACGGCGAUAUACUUUACGCUAUGACGAACACCAUAACUACGAUAAUGGCUUUAAUCAAAAUAUGCAUCAUACUGACGUACAAAGGGAAAUUUUUAAACCUGAUCGUGUACAUGCAACAAAAUUUUUGGAACGUUGAUUACGAUUGCCAGGAAAAAGAAAUUUUGGACGAUUGCAGGAAAACGUGCAUUUUUUUCAUCUCCUCCGUGACCACGAUUGGAAUGUGCACCGUGAUGUCCUAUCUGACGACACCUGUCAUUACGCAAAGUGGAAGCAAUGAAUCCGAGAGAAUGUUUCCGUUCAAUAUAUGGAUAAAUUUGCCGAUAACGCAAAGGACGCCUUAUUACCAGAUAAUAUUUUUUGUACAAGGAGUAUCGUUAUAUUACAUUGGAAUCUCCUAUUUUUGUUUCGACAAUAUUUUCUGCAUCAUGGCCGUGCACUUGGCCGGCCAAUUUCGCAUACUUCGAUACAGGCUUAUGACGUUGUGCGACACGGAGCCUGAGACACGCGAAAAGGAUUCGCGAUCGACGUUUGCGAAACAGGUGUACAAAUUUUACGAGCAGUUUAAGAAAUGCGUCCGAUACCAUCAGGCGCUGAUCGAUUACUAUCAAAACCUCGAGAACGUGUACACCAUAAUUACGCUUGGACAAGUGUUGGUAUUCAGUGUAUUAAUUUGCCUGUUCGGAUAUCAAGUGUUCGUGGCUGCCGCUUCUACAGCGAGACGCUUCAUUUUCGUAUUCCUGUUGAGCGGCUCCAUGUUUUUGUUAUUCAUGUUCACCUACAGCUGCAACGACGUGAUGGAGCACAGCGACAAUGUAGCUAUUGGGGCUUACUCGGCACUGUGGACGAUCUUGCCGAUGGACAAAUUCGGGAGAAUGCUUCGAAACGAUCUGAUAAUGGUGAUCAAGCGAUCCAGGCGUGUUUGUUAUCUGACUGCGAAUGGAUUUUUCCCCGUAUCGUUGGAAACUUAUACCAAGAUUUUGAGCACAGCGGUAUCGUAUUUCACGUUGUUGAAUAAUCGCGUGGAGAACGCAAAUGAUUUAUAAAUUAGAAAAAACUCGUUAACAAAAUAUCUCGGAUCGAAUACGUUGUACAUUUUGGUCAAUUAAAAAAAGAAAGAAAGAAAGAAUAAAGCGAAGGUGGAUAAUUUAUGUAUGAAAUAAUGGAUAACAUUGUUGUGGAUAAUUUUAAUAAAUAAUCAUUAUUGAACCGUA